AAAUUGUGGGGUAAAAAAACAAUUUUUUUAAAAAAAGGUCUAAAUUUUAAAACCAAAACUUCAAAUAGGUCAUUUUUGUCAAUUGCCCAACUGCUUGGGCCAAAUACACCCUUACUGUUUUUAUCCUUAAAUUUUAUUUUAUUAAUAGAUAUUUUGAUCUAGUAUCAUAAAUGCCUUAUGGUUUUUUUUAUUAACUUUUGAGUGUAAGUAUUGAGUUGGUUAUUAUUAAUCUCCUUUGGAUAGUAAGGACUAGUUUACGAUUGUGUAAGUUCUUUUGAGUUGGAAAACAGAAGGAUUCAGCUUUGGCAGAAAAAAUUGUAUACUACAUGACAAAGAUGAAAUCUUAUGGCAUAGAACAGAAUGGAAUCAUUUGAGCAGUAUAAAAUUAAAAAGCAUCCUAAGAUUAUUUUAGGAAAAAAAAUCUACCCAACCUAGUGCAAUCCAAACAAAUACAAAUUCUGGAAUAACCUUUUGAAAAGUAAAGGAAAGAAGAAAAAAAUCAGCUUAGUUUUGUUUUCACUUGCGGAUUCAACAAAGUUUUUAGAUCAUUAUAGCUAGGUUCUCCUGCUAUGAACAUGUGCCCAGAACCAAGCCAAUGGAGAAGCAGAAUUCAGAGGAAGUAAUGGAAACCACUCAAAAGGUUACCAGAAAAAAGGGUGGUCUUCGAACUAUGCCUUUCAUUUUAGCAAACGAGAUAUUUGAGAAGAUUUCAAAUAUUGGUCUUCAUGCAAAUAUGAUAUUUUACCUGAUAAAUGAGUAUCACCUGAGUAGUGCUAAAGGAGCAAUCGUCUUGUUUCUGUGGUCUGCACUGACAAACUUUUUGCCCAUUGCCGGAGCUUUCCUCUCUGAUUCUUACUUGGGUCGGUUUAAGGUCAUCGCCAUGGGGACAGUGGUUACACUUCUUGGAAUGGUGGUUUUAUGGUUAACAGCCAUAUUUCCAAAAGCAAGGCCUCCACACUGUAAACCACCUGAGGAAUUUUGUGUAUCAGCAAACACUGCCCAGCUGAUGCUUCUGUAUUUUGCAUUUCUUCUAAUGGCGAUCGGAGCUGGGGGAAUUCGACCAUGCUCUUUGGCGUUUGGGGCAGAUCAACUAGAAAAGCCAGGCAACCCCAAAAACCAAAGAACUAUGCAAAGCUUCUUCAACUGGUACUAUGCUACUGUUGGAAUUUCAGUCACCAUUUCAGUGGUAUUUAUGGUUUAUCUCCAGAACGCUGCCGGUUGGGUUGUGGGUUACGGAGUUCCUGUUGGACUUAUGGUGUUAUCCACAGCCAUGUUCUUUCUUGGCUCUUCAUUGUAUAUUAAACUGAUGGCAAACAAGAGUUUGCUUAGCAGUUUGGCUCAGGUAAUCGUUGCAGCUUGGAGAAAUAGGAACUUGGAAUUCCCCCCACAAGCUUCUGAUAAAUGGUUUUACCAUAAAGGCUCAAAACUCGUCACCCCAACGCCGAAAUUGAGGUUUCUAAACAAGGCUUGCAUAAUAAGAAACAAAGAAACAGACAUGGAUUCUAAUGGAAUGGCCAAAUUCCCAUGGAGAUUAAGCACAAUUCAACGAGUAGAGGAACUAAAAGCACUAAUCAGAUUACUUCCCAUUUGGUCUACUGGCAUUAUAAUCAGCGCCACCAUCAACCAAUUCACCUUCUCCGCUCUCCAAGCAAACACAAUGGAUAGACACAUAACACCCCACUUCCAAUUCCCAGCAGCUUCCUUUGCCGUCUUCACAAUCCUAACCCUAACAAUCUGGGUCGCAAUAUACGACCAAAUCAUCGUCCCACUACUAACGAAAUUCACCAAAAAAUCAAAUGGACUAACUUUAAAGCAGAGAAUGGGAAUCGGACUCGCAAUCUCAUGCUUGGCCUCAGUAGUUUCAGCAGAAAUCGAGAGAAAACGAAGAAACAGAGCAAUUCAUGAAGGUUUAGCCAAUGUACCGGAAGGAAUCGUGAAGAUGUCGGCAAUGUGGCUGGUGCCACAGCACUGCCUGGCAGGGCUGGCUGAAGCGUUGAAUGCGAUAGGGCAGAUUCAAUUCUUCUACUCGCAGCUGCCGAGGAGUAUGGCGAGCAUUGCAGUAGCGAUGUUCUCGCUGGGAAUGGGCGGAGGAAGCUUGGUUGCAGCACUGAUUGUGAGCGUGGUGAAGAAGAGGACGACGAAAAAUGGGAAUGUGGGAUGGCUUUCGAAUAAUCUGAACCAGGGGCAUUAUGAUUACUACUACUGGGUUUUGAGCUUGAUGGGUGUGGCUAAUUUGUUGUAUUAUUUGAUUUGCAGUUGGUUCUAUGGAGAUGAGGAGGAGGGAAUGGAACAGAGUAGGGUUUGGGAUGAUAAGGAAGCCAUUGAAGAAGAAGCCAUCCUCGGUGCUUGAUUUAGACAUGCACUUGAAAGAAGAUUUGAUCUCUCAUCUUAUAACUGAUAAAUUUUUAUUACACAUGCC